GGCCGGCGGAGGAGACAGUAGGAGGAGAGAGGCUGUCGGAGGAGGGACUGGGGACCGCGGCCUCGAGUCGCCGCUCUCUGCACAUAGCUCGGCGCGGAGCAUCAGUCGCCCGGUCGCCGUGCUUCGCUGCUAUGGAGGGCGCCGGCGCCCGCCUCGGCUCCGCGCACUGCCGCUGCCCGUGAAUUGCCUCCAGCGCGCGCAGCACUCUUUUCAGCGAGAACAAUGAUUCCUGUCACUGAAUUCCGCCAGUUCUCUGAACAGCAGCCUGCCUUCCGUGUUUUGAAGCCAUGGUGGGAUGUAUUUACAGACUACCUUUCUGUUGCCAUGUUGAUGGUUGGUGUGUUUGGUUGCACAUUGCAGGUUAUGCAGGAUAAGAUCAUAUGCCUUCCCAAAAGAGUCCAACCUUCUCAGAACAUAUCUCACCUUCUUAAUAUGUCAGAUAUGGAUUCCAGUGCAGCUCCAUUCCUUCCACCCAAGCCAUCUACACCUCCUGCUACUGUUGAAAUGAAGGGCCUAAAGACUGACUUAGACCUCCAACAGUACAGCUUUAUCAAUCAGAUGUGCUACGAACGUGCCUUGCAUUGGUAUGCAAAGUAUUUUCCAUAUCUCGUCCUUAUACAUACAUUGAUCUUCAUGCUGUGUAGCAACUUUUGGUUCAAAUUCCCAGGUUCCAGCUCAAAAAUUGAACAUUUCAUUUCCAUUCUGGGGAAAUGUUUUGACUCUCCUUGGACUACAAGGGCUUUAUCAGAAGUAUCUGGAGAAGACUCGGAGGAGAAGGACAACAGGAAGAACAAUGUCAGCAGGUCCAAUACUGUCCAGCCUAGCACAGAAGGCAAUUUGGUCAGGACUCAGUCUUUGAAAUCCAUACCUGAGAAGUUCAUUGUGGAUAAAGGAACUCCAGGGGCUUUGGAUAAAAAAGAAGGAGAACAAGCUAAAGCAUUAUUUGAGAAGGUGAAGAAAUUCCGUCUCCAUGUGGAGGAAGGUGACCUACUCUAUGCUAUGUAUGUUCGCCAAACAGUGCUGAAAGUGAUCAAAUUUCUUAUUAUUAUUGCAUAUAACAGUGCACUUGUUUCAAAAGUUCAGUUUACAGUAGAUUGCAAUGUUGACAUCCAAGACAUGACAGGAUAUAAGCACUUUUCUUGCAAUCAUACAAUGGCACAUCUCUUUUCUAAACUCUCAUUCUGCUACUUGUGCUUUGUAAGUAUUUAUGGGCUGACAUGCCUUUACACUUUGUACUGGCUGUUUUACCGCUCGCUGAAAGAAUAUUCUUUUGAGUAUGUCCGGCAAGAGACUGGAAUUGAUGAUAUCCCAGAUGUCAGAAAUGACUUUGCUUUUAUGCUACACAUGAUAGACCAGUAUGAUCCUCUUUAUUCGAAAAGAUUUGCUGUGUUUCUUUCAGAGGUCAGUGAAAACAAACUGAAGCAGCUGAAUUUAAACAAUGAGUGGACUGCUGAUAAACUGAGGCAAAGGUUGCAAAUGAAUGCCUAUAACCGUUUGGAACUGCAGCUGUUUAUGCUGUCUGGACUUCCUGAUACAGUUUUUGAACUUACAGAGCUUCAGUCCUUGAAACUUGAAAUUAUUAAUAAUGUCAUGAUACCAGCUACCAUUGUGCAACUGGACAAUCUCCAAGAGCUCUCCCUAUACCAGUGUUCUGCAAAGAUCCACAGUGCGGCCUUGGCAUUUCUAAAAGAAAACCUGAAAGUCUUGAAUGUCAAGUUUGAUGACUUCAGAGAACUUCCACCUUGGAUGUAUGGGCUCAGAAAUUUAGAAGAAUUGAGCUUAAUUGGCUCUUUAUGCCAUGAUAUUUCUAAAAAUAUAACUUUGGAGUCUUUUCGAGAGCUUAAGAAUCUUAAAAUUCUGCACAUAAAAAGCAACCUGUCCAAAAUUCCACAGUCUGUAGUUGAUGUUUCAAGUCACCUUCAAAAAAUGUGCAUUCAUAAUGAUGGCACUAAACUAGUAAUGCUCAACAACCUGAAAAAAAUGGUCAACUUGACAGAAUUGGAGUUAGUGCACUGUGAUCUGGAGCGCAUUCCUCAUGCUGUUUUCAGCCUUAAUACCCUCCAGGAACUAGAUCUUAAGGAAAACAAUCUGAAAUCCAUAGAGGAAAUUGUUAGCUUUCAACACCUUAGAAAACUUACAACCCUAAAGUUAUGGCACAAUAGUAUAACAUAUAUCCCUGAGCACAUAAAGAAGCUCACUAGUCUAGAACGGCUUUCUUUUAGUCACAACAAGAUAGAGGUUCUCCCGUCCCACCUUUUCCUAUGCAACAAAAUUAGAUAUUUAGACUUAUCUUACAAUGAUAUACGAUUCAUCCCCCCUGAAAUUGGGGUUCUACAAAGCUUACAGUAUUUUUCAAUCUCUUGCAACAAAGUAGAGAGUGUGCCAGAUGAGCUGUACUUUUGCAAAAAAAUCAAGACACUGAAGAUUGGGAAAAACAACUUGUCUAUUCUUUCUCCUAAAAUUGGAAAUCUGGUGUUGCUAUCCUACUUGGACAUUAAAGGGAACCACCUGGAGUUUCUUCCCCAUGAACUUGGUGACUGUAAAGCUCUGAAAAAGAGUGGACUUGUGGUUGAAGACACCUUAUUUGAAACUCUGCCUUUGGAUGUUAGAGAACAGAUGAAGGCCGAAUAAUAUUCUCAGUACUUAAAAAAAAAGAACUGUCCC